UGUGUCUAGGACGCAAUGUGUAGUUCCGCCCUGAGAGUGACAUCGAAAUACUCGUUGGAAUAGGAACGCAACCAGGCAAAGAACAAGAACGUGCAGUUUAUAACACCGGUAUUUCACCAAAAGUCCAGAGGAUUUGACGCAUAUCGAACGGAUACGUAUUCAACCCAAGCGCAUCCUCAUCCACUGAGCACCCACCGACACUGGACGUCCAUGGUCAUUGAAAAGUAGUUGACAUUUGGUCAGUCCACCCUGGCCUUGAUGUUAACGUCCACAGACGGAUCGGACUGGACCAAAUCUGAACCUAUCAGUGAUGUACAUUGACAAGACAGGAAGAUGGAUGAGCUACAGGACGUGCAGUUGACUGAGAUCAAGCCCCUGCUGACCAAUAAGAAUUCCCAUAACUUCCAGGACUUUGACUGCCAGGAGCAUGAUAUUGAGACUCAGCAUGGCGUGCUCCAUGUGACCAUGAGGGGCGUUCCCAAGGGCAACCGGCCAGUAAUCCUCACCUACCAUGACAUCGGACUCAAUCAUAAGUCGUGCUUCAACACGCUGUUUAACUUUGAGGACAUGCAAGAGAUCACGCAGCACUUUGCUGUGGUCCACGUGGACGCCCCCGGACAGCAGGAGGCGGCAGCACCCUUCCCCACCGGGUACCAGUACCCGACCAUGGACGAACUGUCUGAGAUGCUGCCCUCGGUUAUGACUCAGCUCAAGGUGAACAGUGUGAUUGGGAUUGGCGUGGGAGCAGGAGCCUACAUCCUAUCCCGGUUUGCAUGGACCAGUAACAUCGUGGACACAGUGAUGGCUCACCACUUCAGCACUGAUGAGCUAACAGACAACCAAGAGCUGAUCCAGACCUACCGCCUUCACAUCGCCCAGGACAUCAAUCAGGACAACCUGGCCCUCUUCUGUGCCUCCUACAACGGUCGUCGGGAUCUGGAAAUCGAGAGACCAGUCAUUGGUCUGAAUGAGGACACAGUGAACACACUGACGUGCCCUUCUCUGUUGGUGGUUGGAGACACAUCUCCUGCAGUGGAGGCAGUGGUGGAGUGCAAUUCCAGGUUAAAUCCAACCAAGACUACACUGUUUAAGAUGGCUGAUUGUGGAGGCUUGCCUCAGGUUGUGCAGCCUGGGAAACUGGCAGAGGCCUUCAAGUACUUUGUUCAGGGUAUGGGUUAUAUUCCCUACAUUCUUCUCAGUCACCUGAGCAACGAAUCAGUGCCCACGGCUGGAAUGAGUCGUCUGGUCCGAUCCCGCACCACCUCCUCCUCCAGCAUCACCUCCAUGGACAGCAUCCGCAGCCGCAACCUCAACAGCCUGCUGGAGAGAGCCAACACCACUGGGGGRCUGGACAACCAGCCUGGGCCCCAGACCAUGGAGGUCUCCUGCUAAAUCUUCCCAUCUCUCCCUCACUCCACAUAGGGUAGCAGCCCUCACCGAUGGCCCUCUCUUCCUCCCUCUCUUCCUCCAUGUCUCCCAGUCUCUCUCUCUCUCUCUCUCUCUCCUACCCUGCUCCGAAGCUACUCAAUGCCAGGGUGUUCUGUGAUGAAUUGUGUGAUAAAUAUGAGAAUAUAUACAAUUGAAGAUUAAAUAUAAUACUGUAUACAUGUCAAACUUCGAGCCACAAGCUGAGGGGACAAAAUAAAGGAUGAAUCAGAUAUACUGUAUACUCCAAGGGUCUAGAUGGUACGAUCCCCCACCAAACUGUUUCUCAUCAUUUCAUAUGUAUGCAUGUGUCUUGUGCAAGUGAAUCUGGAGACUUAUUUUCCGGGUUUCAAUUACUGUUUGUCCCUCCUUUGUUCCGAUUGUUGCCUUUCACAUCUUUUAUUUAUUUGAUUCACCAUGUGUCUGUGUGUAUAGGAUUGGUUCCUCAGCACAGGAGGGGUUGAAGAGUCCCAUCUCUCACAUCCACUGGAGUCUAAACACACAUUCCUCUUCCUUCUCUUAUACUAUGUUCUAGAACACAUUUACACUUCAAACCUUCAUUCAUUGCACAUAUUUAGACAAAUUUUUUGUAUGUUGUGAACUGUGAACACACGCCUCCUUUGAUUGUGUGGCAUAGUGUAGAUGUGUGUUUUCCUGUACUGUACCUUGCUGCACUGCUCUGCUCUGCCGAGUCACUCCAUUCACACUGUAGAAUGAUCACUCAAGCUGGGUGCAAACACAAGAUUAAUGACUUCCUUUACAUUUCUCUGCAUUGUGUUGUUUUCCAAAUGGCAGGUUAUACUGGCCCAAAUGACAGAAUGAAUGRGCUGUGUUUUGGUUGUUCUAGAACAUUAUACUUGCUUUUUAGGAAUAUGCAAAAAUGUAAGGAAAUUCAAUGGGAAAGAACUGUGGGCCAGUGUGAUUGUCUGGAUUCAAUCACUUCUCCUUUCAUCUGUUUCGAAAAUGUUUAUUUUGUAAUUGAUGUCGUCUUUUUCUGCUUUACAUUUUUGUUUUUAUAGUCCGUUCACUCGUCGCUUGAGUAGACAUACACGAUGAAUAACAACUUAACAAGCCUGUUAUAAUGUGAAAAUGUGUUCAGUCUUCACUGCAGGGCCCAGUGGUGCUUAUCACGGUCUGCCAAUUCAACUCAUUUAUACUACUAAAUAAAGCUAGAAGAUGUAAAAUGG